UGGGGAUGUGGUUUUAGAGAAUGAUGGCGUGGAACACUAAAGCAUCAAUGAAGCGUCUGCUGAUUGUUAAGGCUUUUCUGAUCCUGACUCUGUGCCUGGGGUAUGGAGGAGGGCAGAAGAAGAAAGAGAAUCUAUUGAGUGAAAAGGUGGAGCAGAUGAUGGAGUGGAGCUCACGACGGUCCGUCAUCCGUAUGAAUGGCGACAAAUUUCGGAGAUUAGUGAAAGCCCCUCCGCGUAACUAUUCUGUGAUAGUAAUGUUUACCGCCCUCCAGCCUCAGAGGCAAUGUUCUGUUUGCAGGCAAGCUAACGAAGAAUACCAAGUCCUGGCGAAUUCGUGGCGCUAUUCGUCAUCAUUCUCCAACAAGCUUUUCUUCACCGUUGUGGACUAUGAUGAAGGGGCAGAUGUUUUCCAGCAGCUCAAUAUGAAUUCUGCUCCAACAUUUAUGCAUUUUCCUGCAAAAGGAAAGCCUAAGAGGGCUGACACCUUCGACUUGCAACGAAUUGGUUUCGCGGCCGAGCAGCUUGCAAAAUGGAUUGCGGACAGAACAGACGUUCACAUUCGUGUUUUUAGACCUCCAAACUACUCUGGCACAAUCGCGUUGGCCUUAUUGGUUUCCUUAGUGGGGGGUUUGCUCUACUUGAGAAGAAACAAUUUGGAAUUCAUUUACAACAAGACAGGAUGGGCGAUGGCGGCUCUUUGUGUUGUGUUUGCCAUGACAUCUGGACAAAUGUGGAAUCACAUACGUGGACCGCCUUAUGCACAUAAGAAUCCACAAAACGGUCAAGUGAGCUACAUUCAUGGAAGCAGCCAAGCCCAGUUCGUGGCAGAAUCCCACAUUAUUCUCUUACUGAAUGCGGCUAUCACAAUGGGAAUGGUUCUCUUAAAUGAAGCAGCAACGUCAAAAGGUGAUGUUGGAAAAAGACGAAUUAUAUGUCUAGUCGGAUUGGGCCUUGUCGUGUUUUUUUUUAGUUUUCUUCUCUCAAUCUUCAGAUCAAAAUACCACGGAUAUCCGUACAGUUUUCUAAUCAAGUGAAAUUCACAAGAAUUCUGGUGAUGUAGAAAACUAUGCUUUUUGUCAGUAUUCGAAGGCAUGUUCGUUUGUGACUUUGCUGUUAGUUUAUGCGUUAGAUUUCACUGUUGUAACGUAUUAAAGGGGUACUCCGAGGUAGUUUGAUCCAUGUUGUUUGAAACAAAUGAUAUUAAACAUUUAUUAAAACAUAUUUGUAAAAUAAUCCGAACAUGCAAAUUAAAAAAUAUACCCACUAGUAAAGUCCUGAAAUAUUGACCCUCUCAUUCUGGUCCGUGCAGUGUGACAUGUUAGACAUGUUUAAUGGUUGUUUAACUCUUUGCAGAGUUUAGAAGUGCGAUAGUGACAGUCUGACCACAACCUCAGGUCUGCUCAAAACAAGGGUUUCUAGAACUUAUAGUUCAUCUGUCAGUUUUCUACUUGUGAAGACUGUUAAGUAAACUUUAACUCCCAGACGAAUUUGCUGUUAAAUCGGAGAAACACUGUAUUGAAAAUGGGAGAGACAGAUAUAGGUUGUGUUUGACAUCAUGUGCACAGGUUCAGUAUUUAGCAAGAUGGAAGUAUUUUGGAACAGAGGAGAUGGGACAUGGGAUGCAGAGCAAAAUCAAUAUAUAUAUAUUUUUCAGAAAAAUCUGUUCAUAAAUUUGAAAUAACUAAUUAUUUCGAUCAAAAGCUAUAAAGUUCAAAAAAGUUGCGUUGGUGUCUAGAGUGUCCCUUUAAUUUCAGUUUUGUUGCAUUCACUGGAAUUGUACUGUAAAAUGAAAUGUGAUAUUUAUAAAACAUACUUUAUUCUUGUAGGAAGUAAUUCAGCUUUUUAAUAAUUGUACCACUACGAAACAUUUUACCUCUUAGAUUUUUUUCUAAUUUGAUCUCGAAUCCAAUCACUGUUUACAGUGGAGACCCCCAUGGAUAUUUACUGUGUUCUGUAAUUUUAUAAUCUUAUUAUUUGCUAAUUUAAAAUCCUUAUAAAUUUGAAUAGUUUACAAAUAUAUGUGAGUCACUGUAUGCCCAAUUAUCUAGAAAUUAGUAUUUCGUAAUGAUGACACUUAAAAUGCAGCUACUAUGUUUUGUUUUUGUUUUGGCAUAAUAAAAUUAUUGAUCAAAA